AUGGCUUUGUCCCAGGCUGCACGUUUGACCAUCGCGUUGGAGCUCAAGCAGCGCUUGCCACGGCUGAUUUUUGCGGCCGUGGAUGCGUUUCCAUUGGCUGAUGGGGGGAAGGAAGGCGGAGUGGCAGUGAUCGCCGUGCGGAGUCUCCCUCCUGAUGAGCGUUUGGACAGCUCUGUUGCAGCCAGCUUGGAGGAGCUUGCUGGUGGCAGUCACCGUCCUCCAGUCCAACUUAAGGCUCGGCAGAUUCACAUGCAGAUCGCCGAGGCACCUUCCUUGGAUCUGAAGGUGAACUGGCAUGAUGUGGUGGACUACAGUCGUUUGCUGCAGAAAGGCUUGCCAUCUGCAGUCGAGGCCCUCCAGCAUCAACAGGACUCUGCACAGGUCUUGCACUCGACCCAUGAAUGGUGGGAGCUCAAAGCAGCCUUGUCCAAGGCAUCAGCUCCAGAGCAUGCCGUGGCUGCCAGCAAGCCCUACAAGAAGGCUUGCAUUGGGGCCGCAAUAUCUUUGCUGCACCAACGAGAUAAGACACACGCAGGAAAAGGAGCGGGCUUCCAGGAGGCAACAAUGACAUCUACCACCAUGCAGAUUGUUCAUUUGUUGGCGAGGCGAGUUGCACACGAGAAGGAGGCUUUGCAGCUGGAUGCACUGGCCAAGGGAGAGGAGCUGUCCACCAGCACCUGGAAGCCACUUUUGCAACGUUUGUGCUCCGCCGCUGAAGCUGCAGCACCCCUGCCAAAGCUGGAUUGCUUGGAUGAAUGGUGCCAGCAGCUACGGGAGACAGAUUAUGAGAUGUUUAAGCAGGGCUUGCGGGAUGUAGAAGGUCAAGACGCGUUGCUCGCGUGGCGAGAGCGAUGGGGGGCCGAUGGAUAUGGUGGGCUCUCGGGGGAGAGUGCAGCGAGCACGAGCUCCACGCUUGCUAAGGAGUCCUCAGACGCGAUGAGACAUGUAGAAAGCCUUAUUCCAGCUGGUUCUGAGUUGACAUUCUUGGCCCAGACGGGCAGUUUCAUGUACGACUUGCAAGUGGAAACCAGCGAUAUGGAUUUCUCGCUGAUUUACCAGGCUUUGCCUGACAGCUUGCUGAGCUUAAAGCCGCCCAGAGAAGAAUUUUCGCAGCAUGUGCACCAGGUCAGGGAAGAAGGAUCAAUGACCAUUGAAUGA